CCUAAUCCAUCACACACAUAAUUCACCAGGAGGGAGUGUAGUUUGAAAUGGGGUCCAUUCCCUAUGUAGUAGAAGACUUCCAAGGUGUCCUCCAAGUCUACAGUGAUGGCUCCACUCUCCGGUCCGCUACCCUACCCUUCAACAUUCCUGUCCACGACGAUGGCUCCGUCAUCUGGAAAGACUGUGCUUUCGACAAACACCACAAUCUCCACCUCCGACUCUAUAGGCCGGCAGUGUCCGACGCCACUGCCAAGCUCCCAAUUCUCUACUACCUCCAUGGAGGCGGCUUCUGCGUCGGCUCUCGCACGUGGCCCAACUGCCAUAAUUGCUGCCUCCGGCUAGCUUCGGGGCUUCAUGCCCUUGUCGUGGCGCCAGACUUUAGGCUGGCACCGGAGCACAGGCUGCCGGCAGCUAUGGACGAUGCUUGGACCUCGCUCAAGUGGCUGCAGACUCAGGCUUUAUCUAAAAACUGUGAAGCAUGGCUGAGUGAAGGGGUAGACUUGGAGAGGGUUUUUGUAGUGGGCGAUUCGUCCGGAGGGAACAUGGCACACCACUUGGCGGUUCAACUGGGGGCCGGUUCGCCGGAGCUGAAGCCGGUUCGUGUACGAGGUUAUGUGUUGAUGGCGCCUUUUUUUGGUGGGAGUGUGAGAACAAGAUCCGAGGAGGGUCCAAGUGAAGCCAUGUUGAAUUUGGCGAUCCUUGACAGGUUUUGGAGACUAUCAAUACCAGAAGGCGGCACAAAAGAUCACCCAUUGGCAAAUCCAUUUGGCCCUGCAAGCCCAAACCUAGAACCACUGAAGCUUGAUCCCAUCUUGGUAGUGGUAGGUGGAAAUGAACUACUGAAAGAUAGGGCAGAGCACUAUGCAAAGAGGUUGAAAGAGAUGAAGAAAGAUAUUGGGUACGUGGAGUUUGAAGGAAAAGAACAUGGCUUCUUCACUAAUGACCCUUACUCAGAAGCUGGGAAUGCAGUUCUGCAACUCAUCAAACGUUUCAUAUCCUAAAAUUUGUGUUAAGAUCCAUCAUUAUGUUAGUGAGAACUCACUAUAUAUUUUCUUUCAACAUAUUCCCUUGUUACAUCAUUAUGUUAGCCUUAUGGUUAAACCAAUAAUAGUUAAAG